ACACCACACACACUGACACGCGAAAACCCAAUCAGAGCACAGGCGUGCACCGCAGGCUCUUCCCCGGCGACGCAUGGUACUGCCGCCCCGCCGGCCGGCGCCGACGACGACGACGCUAGCCCAUGUUGCAUGAGCGGCACGCACCACCAACCGCGUCCGACGACGAGGAGGAGGUCGACGAUGCCCCAAGGGCCGACCACGACGUAGCACUAGCAGGCGAGGUCCAGUUCCCCACCCCGAGCACCACCUUCCACGACGUCGUCGACCAGGACCAGGAGGACGUCACCGAGGUGCGCGAGAUCCAGCCGCUCACCGCCCCGCCGCCCUUCACGCCGCCCACGCGCGCCGGGUCCGGCGUCUCCACCGCCUGGGACACCGCCAGCACCAGCCACCGCUCGCUCACCUCCGAGGAGCAGUUCAUGACGAUGAGCCGCGAGUUCACCGCCAUGGUCGCCGCCGGCGCCGGCACAGGGGCCGACACCCCGAACAACAACAAUCCUCCAGGCGCCGACCAGCUCACCAGCAUCGGCGAGGACGAGCUGGAGGAGCACAACCCGCUGGCCAUCGUGCCCGACAGCGGCCGUCCCUUCGCCAACCCGGGCGGCAGCAGGGGCGGAAGCGGCAGCGGCAGUAGGGCGAGGCUCGACCUGGAGGUCGUCCCCGCGGCGGGGCCGCCGGUGGAGGCCAAGCAGGUGAAGAAGGAGGAGGUGGAGACCAAGGUGUCGGCGUGGCAGACGGCGGAGGUGGCACAGAUCAAUAACCGCUUCAAGCGGGAGGAGGUGGUCAUCAACGGAUGGGAGACCGAGCAGGUGGACAAGGCCUGUGCAUGGCUCAAGAAGAUUGAGAGGAAGCUGGACGAGCAGCGCGCCAAGGCGGUGGAGAAGACGCAGAACGACGUGGCCAAGGCGCGGCGCAAGGCGGAGGACAAGCGGGCGUCGGCGGAGGCGAAGCGGGGGCUGAAGCUGGCCAAGGUGCUGGAGCUGGCCAACUUCAUGAAGGCCGUCGGCAGGGUGCCCACCAAGCGCUCCUUCUUCUAGCUAGCACCAACCUCUUCUACCGGUCGUCACUGGUGCCACCUUGCUGCCUUCCUCUCCCUGUCCGUUUUUGCCUACGGUAGUAUGGCUGGCGUGUGUGAAUUGUGAUGUGUCCAAUCGAUCGAGAACCUAAUUGUAAAAAAGAUUGGAAACUGCUGUGGUAGUAGUAGCUGCCGGCGACGCUAUGGUCGCAGGUGGCGUUUUUUCUGGGCUUGUAUAUGCUGAACUGGUAUGGAUGAACAGUGUGUUUGCUAGAAAAAAAUUGCAAACAUUCAGAGAAUUGGUACACGUACACCUUUGCUGCUA